AUGAGCGACUGGUUGAGGAAGUUCCUAAACUGGGUUCGAUCACUGGAGAUCACUGUGGAACCAUUAAUGCUUGUGCUUGCAGCAUGCAAUACAGCAAGGUCUAUCGUUACUCCAGAAUUAUCCGAAGAUAAAAUGAUGCGAGUCUAUCCGCCUCCACCGGAUCUUAGUGGAAAAGAGUUGAAGAAGUUUUAUAAUAAGAAAAUGGUCAUCUGGGAUAAUAAUUACACUUAUGUGAAUCUACCAAUCGCCUGUAUUGUUGGAGUGAUGUAUGGAGGCUAUAGCGAUUAUCAUGGACGAAAGAUACCGUUGCUUGUGGGAAUUGCGAGCGUAUUGGUGGAGAAUGGAAUGAAAAUGCUAAUCUGGUCACCGUCAAUCGAUAUCUCAUUGUAUUGGUUCUAUCCGACAGCAGUUGUUACUGGAUUCAUGGGAGAUUUUCUACUGACAAUGAGUUGCAUCAAUGCUUAUAUAGCUGACAAGUUCGACAAUCAAAAACGUCUGUCAACAAGAAUGAUAGUGGUAUCAAUAAUGUUCAGUCUUGGCUCAUUUGCUGCUUCACAAUGUACAAAAUAUAUCCUCAGAGGAAUAUCCUCGAUAGCAUUAUUAGCAAUUGUAGAAGGUCUUCUACUUGCAAGUCUUCUUGGUGCUGCCGGUUUACUAGAGAAUAGAAGACCAAGAAAAAAAGUAGUGGGAGGUGAUCUGGAAGAGAUUCCACCGGAGAAUGCUGGUCUGUGGGAAAUCACAAAAUUGUCAUUUUAUUCCAUCUAUGAAUCACUGAAAGUUUUCCUACUAAAUCGAGAAGGUCACAGGCGUCUGUUUCUUUUCCUCACUUUUGGAGCGAAUUUUCUCGAUCAGCUUGCAUUUGGAGAGGAAAAAACUUUAAUCGGCACCUACACACGUUUACCACCGUUUAAUUGGAGCAAAGAACAGUAUGCCAAUUAUAGGUCGAUUAGACCUAUCGUUCAAAUUGUUGGUAUGUUUUUUGGAUUGUACGUCCUGAAAAAAUGGCUAAAACUUAGAGACACAUUCGUAAUCUGUUUGGCAAUUGCUACGUUAGGGAUUUCCCUAGUAAUGAUUGGAUUGGCAUAUGCCUCUUGGCUAAUCUAUGCUAGCUUGGCACCAGGAAGUCUUCAUGGACUUUUGAAUCCUUUAAGCUACUCCUUUCUAUCAUGCUUAGUAGAUCGAACUGAAAUUGGUAAAACGUUUGCAAUUAGCUCUAUAGCACAGAAAUUGGCUGGAUUUGCACAGACAGCGAUCUUCCAGAACAUUUAUAUUGCAACGGUGGAUUGGUAUCAGGGAUUCGUAUGGCUGCUGUUAGGAGCUGUUUGUGCGGUAGCUGUCGUAAUCUAUGGAUUUGUCCACGUUGUUGCGAAACGGGAAAAAAUAGGUGCUUGA